UUUCACGUAAAUAAACAAAAAAAAAAAGCAAAAAAUUCUCAUAAAAAUGUCUUGACAUUUAAGGUUUUCCAAAAUGUUUGUUAAAACAGCAUAAUAAUGGAUUCAUUAUUUUUGACGUUGUUAUUGCUGAUUGUUUUAAAUCAUCAAUCAUGUUUUGGUGCUGAUAAAAAAAUAUUAUUCAAUACACAAAUCAAUGGUUUAAUAGCUGCUUUUAAUGAUUUUGAUUCAGAUCGUUUUACCGAUGUUUUUAUCAUUACCGACGAUGGUCAUACGUUACAAUUAUUAGAAUCAUUGGAAGAUGAACCUGAUCUUCAACCAUCAGAUCAGAUAAAAUGUUCAUUUCAAAAUGAAAAAAUUACCGGCAUUAUACCGGCUGAUUUUACUGGCGAUGCAAUAAUGGAUGUAUUAGUUAUAACUAAACCUGAAUCAUCAUCGGGAAAAUUAUUCAAAAUAUGGAUACUUCGUGGUAAUAAAACUCAUUUAGAAUGUGAAACCAAAAAACCAUUGAUCGAUAAUGCCCUCGGUCAUCCUUUAAUACUUGAUUAUAAUGGUGAUAUGAUUACUGAUUUUCUAAUUGAAACAUUAAAUUGUCCAUAUGAAUUAUGGAUUAUGAAUUCAAUAUACAAACUUUCACGUGGUGAAUGUCGUCGUAAUCAAUUUGGUGAUUCACCAUUACGUUUACCACAUUCAAAUGCAUUUGUUAAUAUUCGUAAUUGUCAACCAGAUUCAUUAGAUUAUUCAACCGAUAUUGUUAUAACUAAUGAAAAACAUAUUGAAUAUUGGCUAAAUCGUGAAGGUUUUAAUAUUGAAAAUCGAAUCAAUAUAAGAUAUCCAGAUGAAUCUUUGUAUACGAUUGGUCAAUCAGCUUAUAUUGAUCUAAAUAUUGAUGGUUGUAUUGAACAUAUAAUUGCUGUUUGUAAAAAAGAAGGAUUUUUUCAUCAACGAUGUUCGCCACAAAUUCUUUGGUAUGAUAAUAAACAAAAUGAAUGGAUUAAUAUUGCCGAUUUUACAAAUCAUUCGAAUCUUUAUUUCGAAACAAUCGAUACUGAAUUCGGUAUACAAUUACCGAUUGCUGUACGUUCGGGUGAUAUUGAUAGUGAUGGUUAUGUUGAUUUGAUUACUGUAAUGAAAAAUAAAACCGAUUCAGGUCAAAUUAAACAAAUUGCUGUCAUUUUACGUAAUAUUCCGGAUGAAACGAAUCCAAAUAGAAGAAAAUUUAUUCUUUUCUGGACUAGUGAACAAUUAAUCCAUAAUGAUAAUGAUAAUGUAGAAUUGGUUUCAUUCUUAGAUUUACAAGAAAAUGGAAAAUUAGACAUAAUAUUGACAACGAAAAAUUCAACAAAUCAUUAUAAUAUUAAAUGGAUUUUAAAUACAUUUGUUGAUAAUUCUUGUUUUUUGAAAAUUUUGGUUACUUCAGGUCUUUGUUCGGAAACAUGUCCAAAUGAAAAAGUUCCAUAUGGUACAAAUCAACCAGGACCAUUUGUAUGUUAUGAAACAUCCGAUGUAAAUGGUCAACUAAUGAAAGGUUGUUCAGCACAAUUAUCACAAUCAUCAUAUUUUGCAUUACAAAUGCCUUAUUCAAUAUUUGGUCUUGGUGAAACACCAAAUUUUGUUGAAACAGUUAUUGCAUCAAUACCAACCAAUGAAAAUCAACCAAUACGAAAAUCUAAAUGGACACAAAUUGUACCUGAUGCCCAGGUAGUAUUGAUACCAUAUCCACCGAAUGAAACUGCAUAUUGGAUUGGUAAAUUAUUCUAUACACCAAGCAAUAUGAUUUCAUCAACAUUAGCUGUAUUGGCAAUAUUAUGUGCAGUAUUAAUUGUUAUUAUAUUUAUAUUACAUCGUAAAGAAGUAUUGGAAGAUUUAACUGAUCAUGAAGAAUAUAAAAGACAUUGGCCCGAAAGUAGAUGAUAAUGAUGAUAAUAAUAGUCAUGAAAUUUCUUUUCUUCAAAUUUUGAUAUAUUUAUAUAUACAUCAUUCGUAUUCGUUUAUUUUAAAAAUAACGACGACUAUUGAAUUUUUUUUUUGCUUUUACUUUUCAAUAUUGCAGCUUAAUGAUAUUGAUCGUGAUAUUUUUUUUGGUUGGUUUGAUAUUUCGUAAACAACAAAUCUUGACAAUCAUCAUUAUUAUUAUCAUUCAUUCAAUUGACCAUUGUCUAAUCUUUAAAUGUAU